UCUUUAGAAACUUCUCCAGGGGAAAAGUGUUGGGAGAUCUACAAAGUGGAUUUUUUUUUCCUCUUUUUUUCCCUUCCCCCUGAUUUUUUACCGCUCCUCUGCCGACUUUGCAACAAAACACUCCAACUUUGCAGAAAACUUCUUUUUUAAAAAACUCUUUUGGUCUUUUUUCUUUUCUUUGCAAAUCUUGGAAGAGGAAAGCGGGAGAGUUGAACAGAGCCGAUCGAAACACAACUUUGCUUCAUACCAAGCUUCCCAGCAGCUCGCUGCGUCGGGAGAGAUUUUCCUCCUGCAGAAGAAGAGGGAGGGGAGGGGAGCUUUGCAUCCCCUCUUCCUUCUCCUGUGUUUUCUUUCUUUUUUUUUUUUUUUUUUUCCUUCUCCUCUUGACUGCUUUGAUGCAUUAUUAGCAGGACACUGGUUUUCAAGGAACUUUGCUCCCUUCCCAACCUGCCUCCUCCCAGCCCUUUGGGAAGUGUGUGUGUGUGCGUGAGUGAGUGUGUGAAAUCGCCGUCCCACCUCCCCGAACACCCCUGCUCCCCCACGCCUCCCCCUGCAACCUGUAGGCUGUGCAACCCCUGCAGGCUUCGCUCCCUCUCCCCCCUCCUUCCCUCCCUCUUUUUUGCGCUCCCGCGGAUCGCGGUGCGAAUUCCCCCUUUCGAGGCGAGAAAAAGCUGAAAGGAGAAACAGGGGGGGGAGGAAGAAAAAAAAAAAGACCAAAAAAAGGAAAACUAGACGUCCCCCCUCUCCCAACGGCAAAAGAAAAGCAGGAGGGUCUCGCACCCCGAGAAUAACCCCCAGACUGGGGCGCCUGCAAGCAGGGGCUGCGCUUUACUUUUUGAAUUUUAUUUUUUAAAAUUCUUUAAUUUUUAAUUUUUUUUCCUUUUUUCUUUUUUUUUUUUUUUUUCUUUUUGCCCCCGAAGGGGCAAGCGGAAAGCCAGCGCCGCCCGCUCCCGGCAGCCCCCCGCGCCCCGUCCCGCAGCAUCCCCGCCGCGAUGCUGCUGCGGCUCCUGGUGCUGCUGGGCGCCUGCCCGGGGCUGUCGCGGUGCCUGGGCUCCUUCGUGCAGUGCGAGCCCUGCGAUGCCAAGGCGCUGUCGCUCUGCCCGCCGCCGCCGCUGGGCUGCGAGCUGGUGAAGGAGCCGGGCUGCGGCUGCUGCCUCACCUGCGCCCUGCCCGCCGGGCAGCCCUGCGGCGUCUACACCGAGCGCUGCGCCCGCGGGCUGCGCUGCCUCCCGCGCCAGGGCGAGGAGAAGCCGCUGCACGCCCUGCUCCACGGCACCGCCGUCUGCCUCAGCGAGAAGAGCUACCGCGAGCAAGCCAAGGCCGAACGGGAGUCCCGGGAGCAUGAGGAGCCAACCACAUCAGAGAUGACAGAGGAGACCUACCCACCCAAGGCCUUCCGGCCCAAGCACGGGCGCCUCUCGGAGCUCAAGGCUGAAGCCCUGAAGAAGGACCGCCGGAAGAAGAUGACCCUGGCCAAGUUCGUGGGCAUAGCUGAGAACACAGCUCACCCUCGUGUCGUCAUCCCCGAGCUCCGUCAGGAGUUUGAGCUGGGCCCGUGCCGCAGGCAAAUGGAGGCAUCCCUGCAGGAGCUGAAGAGUAGCCAGCGGAUGGUCCCCCGCGCUGUCCACCUCCCCAACUGCGACCGCAAGGGCUUCUACAAGAGGAAGCAGUGCAAGCCCUCCCGGGGCCGGAAGCGUGGGUUGUGUUGGUGUGUGGACAAGUAUGGGAUGAAGCUGCCGGGGACUGACUUCAUGAGCGGAGACCUGCAGUGCCACACGUUCGACAGCAGCAAUGUGGAGUGAAGCCGCAUCCCCUCCCUCCACCCCAUCACUAUCUACCCAGAUUCCCACCCUCCCCUCCGCACCUCCCCGCACCCCGGGACUCCGAUUCCUUUCAUCUCAUGUAAGACGAAAAAAGAAAGGAAAAGAAACAAGAGAAAGGAAGGAUAACGAAAAAAAAACAGAGAGGGAAAGAAAGAAAGGAGAGAAGUAAGGAAAGGAAAAGUAAAAAGAGAGAAAAGAAAGAAAAAAAAGAGAAAAGGAAAAAAAGAAAAUUAAAAAAGAGAAG